UUAGACUCCACAUGGGGCGGGCAGCAAAACCCCUUUCUAGCCGAAGUCAAAGCCAGAACCUUCCCAGUUUUCUCUGCCUGUGAGUCGUAGACUGGACAGGGAUUAUUCUCCCUUUUGAUAUCAGAAGAAGAAAGAAAUCGCAGAGCGCCGAUAUGUCGAACGGCAGAGACAGCGAUGAUCUCAAUGAAGAAGACAUCGAUGAGGAUGAACUCCUCGCUAUGCUUUCGCCCGAGGAGCUUCAGGAGCUUCAGAGUGAGAUGGAUGUUAUUAUUGCCCCGGAUGACCGUGUUCCAGUUGGACAGAGACAGAAGGACCAGACAGAAAAGCCUCCGACGGGGUCGUUCGAUCACAGAUCCCUGGUCGAUUACCUCUACUGGGAGAAAGAGUCCAAACGCAUGCUUGAGGAAGAACGAGUUCCCGUUACUCUGCUGCCCAGCGAGAAAACUUUGAGGGAGGAAGCUGAAAGGAACGAAGAAGAAGAAGGAAACACAGAGACUGUGAAUUAUGAAGAGUAUGAAGUGACAGAGGAAGUCAUUGAGGAAGAAGCUGUGGGUGGUACAAACGGAGAGGAAAUUAUAGAGGAGAUCAUCGAGGAAAUCGUUGAAGAAGUGGAUGAGGGGGACGCAAAGAACAAAGAGGUGGAUGUGAAAGAUGAGAGAGAUGUGAAGCUACCAGUGAAUAAGGACAAACACGAAGAUACAGACAAACACGUACGUCCUUCAGAUUACAAUGAAGAAACAGUGACAGGAAACGACACAGAUGACAAUCAGCCAUGUUCAGAAGCAAAGGAGGAGAUGGAGAAGGUAUCCACUAAACUCAGCACAUCAUGCGUUGAAGAGAAAGAGGAAAUUAAAAUGACAGACUCUUUACUUCCCAAUAAUACUGCAGAGGUGCCAGAGAUAAAUGACACCAAAGAUGAGAAGGUCCAACAGAAAGAAGAGAGAAAAAUUAACAAGUUAAAAAUUCCCAACUUGGCCCUCAAUAAUAUAAAAAUGACGUCAAGACCCUCAGGAAAUGAGACAAACUUGGAGUCGACGCUCGACAAGAUGCGCAACAACAACCCCUCCGUCACUGAGGUGAACCUCAACAACAUAGAAAACAUUCCCAAAGAGAUGCUCCUGGAUUAUGUCAACGCCCUGAAGAAGAAUAGGCACGUAAAAACCUUCAGCAUAGCCAACACCGGCGUCGAUGAAAACAUCGCUUUCAACCUGGCCAACAUGUUGCGAGAGAAUCGCAGCAUCACGACUUUGAACAUCGAGUCCAAUUUCGUCACGGGAAAGGGCAUCGUGGCCAUCAUCCGCUGCCUGCAGUUCAACGAGACGCUCACCGAGCUGCGCUUUCACAACCAGAGGCACAUGCUGGGUCACCAUUCAGAGAUGGAGAUCUCCCGGCUGCUCAAGGCCAACAACACCCUGCUGAAGAUGGGUUACCACUUCGAGCAGGCGGGGCCCAGGAUGGUGGUGACCAACCUUUUAACCAGGAACCUGGACCGUCAGAGGCAGCUGAGGAAGGAGGAGCAGAGGCAGCAGCAGCUGAAGGAGCAGAGGCAGCUGAUGCAGAUGUACGAGAGCAGUCUAAACCUGCCUCCUGGCUUACUGGAGAGGCUGGGGUACGUGCCGCCCCUUGAACUCUUGCAGGAGCAUGGGCUCGUCCCACCGUCGUCAGAACUCGGCGGCGUGCCUCAAACACGCCACCAGACGGAGCAGCAAGAGUCGCCUCAGAAGCAGCUCAACCGCAAAGGCAUUCCCAAACAACCCAGCCCUGAACCAGCAAAUCCACUGAGGGACGUGCAGCUGAAGAGGACGCCCAAGAAACGUGACCCUUUUCUGGAUCAGGACCCAAGGGACAACAGGAGAUCAGGGGGGCCCAGUGUCCAACUGAGGAAGACUCCCAGGGUGAAGAACGCAGGCAGUGGCGAGGUGACAGACGAAAGAGCCAACCUGCCAGACGUGAUCAAGACGUUGAAGCCCGUCCCUCGUAGACGUCUGCCACCGAAGGUUGACGUGACACCGCGAGAUCAGCUCCUAACAGAGAUCAAGAAGAGCAACGUGGCCUAUCUCAAGUCUGUGCCACUGCCCAAAGAGCUGGAAUCAAGUGAAACGAGUCUCUUCUGAGGUCACAGCUUCAACUGUAUUUUUAAAAAAAUAUAUCAUUUUAAACAUAUUUUGUAGUAAAUGCCCCUUUAUAUACUAUACUAUGAACUAUGGAACUCAAGAGUAUUUUAAAUAAACAUGAAAAAUAUUGGCUGCUGUGUUGUUAUGUCACUAAAAGCUCUUGUCAUAUCAAUAAUGUUACAGUAAUAAUAAUAAUAAUAAAUUUCAUUAAUAGAGCACUUUUCAUUGCUAAAAGCAAUCUCAAGUGCUAAAAUGGAAAUGGAGAGUUCAUCAGAGGAGACCUGGGGCAGUUGUAACACACUCGAUUCCUCCAAUCAGAAACAAGCCAGACUGUUUACACUACGCUUUUCAACACAAUUUUUUUUGAGUCAUGAAAGUUCAUUUUCAGAUGCACAGUAUGUUUUAUCUGCUGUUUAAAGUUCUGAUGACUGCGAUUUUACACCUUCAUCAAUCUCCAGACUAUUUGUUAAAAAUGAACAUGCAAGAUGCUAACGUACAUGUGGCUGUCGCUAGCUAGCGUACGAGACUCCAUCAUGGCUGCCAAGAAUGUGAGGAGCUGGUUUGUUACUGUGUUGACACAGUUUUCUGUUAGAAAAUGAACAUAUUACACUAAUAAUUUGAAUUUAAUGAAAUAUGUUGAGAGUGAAUGAAAAUAAAUGCUUGAUCUACUUCA